AUGGAAUCUUUUCCUACCCAAGGGUCUCCCCCAAUUGACAUAGCCACUGAAGUUCUUGAGGACUUCGAAACUGUCAUAGCAGAUGACGAACGAUUGCGACCAUCAGAUCCCUAUUUUUCGCCUUUAAUAGCAGGACAGCAUGAAGGUAUUUCCCCCUUGGUUGAUCUGCAGUCCGAAUUACAAGAGGUCGACUAUAGCCAGGCUCUUUGUCUAUUCGACAUCGGAUCCGAAUUCUUGAAUGGCCUGGGAUUUGACCCUGGUGAUUCUACAUCUUUCGAUAUACUUUUUGAUGAGACGAUGCUUACCAACAGCUACGGUAGCGAUAUUCAGACUGAUACUGCUUAUGAGAGGCUUAAUCGAGCUGUAUUUGCCCGGGACACCCCGUCUCAGGAUCAACGCGAACGCCUAGACUCUUGGAUCAAGCGUCCGCUGAUUCCACGGCAAUACGACAUUGAGGUGAUUGAUGUGUUGAUUCGCAUUUUCUUCCGACAUGUCGAUGAGGUCUUCUCUUCUUUUACGGACUAUGAAGUCUCUGUACAUACCCUUCCCGCACAGGUACUUGCCAUGGCUGCCGUCGGCGCUUUGUUCAGUAAUUCUGCUGGAAGCGAGAUCAUUGCCAAACUGUACUACACUGACAGCCAAAGGAUGCUCACGUAUCUUAUUCUAGAUGAUUGCAGCAUCAAUACAUUGGAAAGGUCAGCUAGUCUGCUGCAAACAUAUAUAGCCCUAGAGAUAUUCGGGCUAUGCAGUGGACACCAGAGAUCCGAUGAGAUCAGUGAAGCAUCUCAUUCUGGACUCGUCCAAGCAAUGGCAGAUCAUCAAACAUUGCUAGACAAUACUGAUCUCCUGCUUGACUCAGCUUCUGAAGGAAUCAUCGUGAUCAACGACAUUCUGAUCAUCGAAUGUUAUCGCACAUUGUUACUACAAUUACAACCAAGUUUCGCACGACCGCACCUUCAGCUUGUUCAAACACUCCUGGGCAGGCUGGAACACAGCGAUCCACAAAAUUUCCUUGAUACAGCGUCAGUGACAACCUUCUACCAAGAGCUGUCAUGUAUUGGUUCCAUAUCUUGGUUUGCAAUGAGCCACCCCACGGGAAACUGUUCAUCGCCAAUGGGACAGUACUGGAGACCCGAAACAAUUGAAAUGUACUCACAGCGACUUUUGGAAUCAAAACCAACAGAGUUCACAGAGAUGCCAUCUGCAAGGACCCUACUUUUCACAAUAGUGAUGGCUCUCCAUACACCAUUGGAGCAUUUUCAAGACAUAGCUCAUACAAUUGUCGCUCGUGAAGGUGCCUCAAGAUCAGCCACCCCUGUCGAGCUGGGAGAUCUCCAUGCCAGGGUAUUGGAUCAAUGGACGCAUAGCGGUCACUAUGAUCUGGCAUUGAGCCACGCUGGCCAGAUUCUCGGCGCCGGUGAAGAGAUAGUCGCAUCGCAGAGAGCACGAAGGAGGUUCGAGGCCACUCAUGACGCCGUCUGUGUGUUUCUUGCGACUCUUGUUUUUGCAAUUGCGAAAUUAGGAACAGAGAAUGACUCUGAGGCAAAAGUCAAGCUAUCUGGACAGGUGAAGAUUGGCAUUGUCUUGUUGGAAAGUUUCCAAGUUAGAAUUUCGACAGUGUUCAAGUCGAUAUUGGUGUUGUUGGACAAUGAGUCAUGGCAUGGUGAGAGCUGA